UGUCAGUUUCAUGCUUGGUUUGGUUUUUACUUUGUGUUUUUAUUUUAUUAUUGAGUCUUCGAGCCUGUUUAUUUUAGACCGCAUUUGCAGGAUAUAAAUAAUAAUGACCAGUCGAAAGUUGUGGGGUGAGUUCGAGGAUGACACUGGAGACGAGAGUGUAUUACAGAACGUAAACUUUAACCCUAUCAUAGAACUGGGUAUGCAGAACAUCCCCGAGAUCCCUAUCACAGUGAAAUCAUCUCCUAUUGAGCUGCCGAAACAAAAUCUUAUCACACACACAAUCCAGCUGCACGCGUGUGCAAGACAAUUGUCUGCGAUACUGGACCAGGCCGAAAACGCAGGCUUUGACAGCACCCGGCUGGAUCCGAUGAGUUUACCGCCCAUCCUACCGGUACCACCCUUGAAAUUGGAACACGAAGCUACGCCGCCUAUAAACUUCCUUCAGAAACAAUACUGCGAUUUCUCCCUCGGCAAGGGCCCCGUCAUUCUGCCAUUCACUCCAGAAAGCCACAAGCGAGCACUCCGCCACUGCGCCGCUUUAGCCAUAGGCCAAGUUGGAAUCGCCACAUGCACCAACACAGCCCUAACUGCAGUUGCCGAUGCUUUAGACUUCUAUAUGACCAACAUGUGUAAAUUAAUGAGAACAGUUGCAGAUCGAGAGGCUAGCGGUGUCAGAUCUGGAUUCCCAGAUAUUAUAUCAAAAGUGUUUGCUGAACUAAAUGUUGGUAACUUACAUGAGUUUUAUGAAAACAGAGUAGUGAGGUAUCAUGCAAGGAUGAAGAAGAAAUGUGAUGAUCUUAAGGCUCAGUGUGUGGCUUUAGCAAUGGGGGACAUUGCUCCUCAGUUAAAACUAGAAGAGGUGCCCGAGCUUCAUUUUCCUGCAGCUUUAGAUGCAUACACUCCAUCAUUAGAGCCUGGGUUUCAAAUGUUGCACAGCUUAGAGCAAGAACAACUGCAGGGUCUAGAUCUGCUGGACACGGUAACUACAGAUGACAUCAAAGUAGAACCUAUGGACUUUCCCCAACCUGAAACUACAAAACUCCCUUCCUUAUCUCCUAGUGCUAAGAAAAAAAGAAAGUAAACACUAUUAUUAUAA